AUGGCAACUGAGAUUCCAUCUUCCUCGCUGGUAUUCUCUGGGCCUGUGGACAUCAGUAAGAUCAACAAGAAGACAUGGACAGGAGAGUAGGCGGCCAUGUUUUUUGAGUCACUGGGCGAAACAGACUUUGACACCGAGAAGCUAAAUCCAACUGUUCUGCAAGGCUUCACAUGUAACACAGUGCGGAAAAUGAAAAAGAAAAGGGUCCGAGGGCUGAUCCGUUCCUGUAGGCCAAGGAAAGGCAGGGCAAAGGUGAAGCUGGAGGAAACACAGCUGACGUGCAUGUACAACCAGCUCAAAGGAAACCUCUCUCAGGACUUUGUAGAUUAUCCAUCAGACAUGCUCAUCUACCUAAACAUCAAAGAUGUCCAGGGUGCCAACUGCAGGUCAUACUUUACCGCAUUGGGUGCUGCAGACUUCACUGUGGCCUCCAGUGUUUUAAACAAAGACUCGGGGCUAUUCAGCGAAGCCCAGAACUGCUUGGGAUGUCACCACCUGGAAUGCAAAAACCCUGGUAGACCUCGGAGAGCUACCUCUUUAUUUAACAGAAAACUUCUGGGGCAAAUUCAAAUCUGCUGCACUGUGGGCGACAUCACCCAGAUGACAGUCAGUGACAACGCCUUCCCAUUUGGCUACGACCUGAUGCAAUUCGACCUCUGCCUGGACAUCCCCGUUCUAAAGGACAGCCUGGACUCUUUCUGCCAGAAAGUGGACGACAAUGACUUUCAGACAGUCAUUCUGAGGAAACUCAACGAGGCUUACCCAUUGGGUGUUCCUGAAGAGCAAGUUCAGGUGCUUGGUUCAGUGUCUCGUGUGGCAACACUGAAUGACAUCUCCAAGUGGACCAUCACCAAAGUUGACACCCUGGCGGCACUCAUGAAAACUGAAGAUGGGUCCUGGGAGGCAGCAAAGAGCAAAGCAAUCAUCACCAAGUAUCUGGAAACUCCUGGAAACUCCCUUGGCGCCACUGAGCUGAACAGCAUUGACUCCAACCUGUGCUCAUUAGACAUCAGCGCGCUGGAGAAAAUCAAGCCAGACAGCAUCAGAAAUGCCAAACCUUUGAAUUUGGCGUCAUGUUCAACGGAGCAAAAGAAAGUCCUGUAUGAGAUCAGUAAAAUCUCCUUCGUCUCACAGAGUUCCAAUCCCACUACUUACUACAACUUAAUUAGGCCCUAUCUAGGCGGGGCACCUCUGACAGAUGUAGUAGAAUUGUCAAAACAGAACAUCCACAUGGACUUGAAAACUUUCCGGAGUCUGGACCCCAACGUGAUCUCUAAAUUGACUGCGGCGGACGUGAAAGCCCUAUUGGGAGCCAAUCUACCAGAUCUGAAGGUGUUUGAGAAUGCUACCACGGUUGAGACCUGGAGAAACUUGUUGACCCAGACAGAGCUGGACACCCUGGGUGUGGGCCUAACCACCAGCAGAGCCACCCCGACCACGGCACCACCAAACCCAGCUACCGUAAAAACAACAAAAGGAAAAGCAACAACGGCCAAGACGGUGAAAACCACACCAGCUAAACCAAUUACAUCCACGGCCCCGAGAGUGACAACAACAACAACCGCACAAGUUAACGCCACAAGUGGGGGAGCACAGCUUGCAAAACACCCAACAUCCAUGUUCCUGGCUGCUCUGCUGACAGCUGUGCUGCUGCAACUACUACAAUAACCAUCAUAAAUAGAUGUGAAACUUACUUAUCAUACUCUUCAAUAAUCAGUAACUAUUUAAUACAUUUUUCAGUAAUGCUCACUUCUUUAGAGUGAGAUUUGUUAUAAUAUGUUAGUUAUUUAUCACCCUGGGAAAAAAAUUGGUAAUUCUACUGCUCACUCUUAAUGUUUAAAAUUGCAGAAAUAUAACAUUUAUAUAAUGUGUUCUAAGGUGAUGGGUCACUAUAUACUCAACUUACUGGAAUUUGUAAAGGUUAGCACUGCUAAUAAUAGCCUUUAUUUUGUAUAAUUAUUAAAAGCUUAAGUGAAUGAAAAAUACAUAUCAUAAAGUGCACUUUAUUGUCUAUUAUUGUAACUGCAAUGCUACUCCUCAAAUUAAUAAAUGCUAACUAACAAAUACCUGAUGAUUGUGUUUGUGUCUCUUGGAUAUUUAUCAGUUUUACAUAACACCAUCACUAUCCAAACGCAUGGCCCUAGCCAGGCUUGGGGAGUAACGGAUAACAUGUAACCAGAUAACGUA